GCUGUCAAGCAUCUAUAACAAUGGUAAAGUGCAAACUACAACAUUUAUAGAGGGUGAAUGGAUGGAUGAAUGAGCAGAUGAAUGGAUUGAUGAAGAGAGAAAGAAAAAAAGGCAGAAGAGGGAGAGGGGAGAGUGAGAGAGAACAUGUGAAUGGGGAAUUAUGGUAUUGACUUGAAAAAACACCACGUUAAGAACAGCAACCGUACUUCCCCCAAGUCUGACAACGUUUACUUGGCUUUAUUGGUCAAGCUUUACCGUUUCCUUGCUCGUCGUACUGAUGCUAAAUUCAACAAGGUCGUCUUGAAGCGUCUCUUUAUGUCUCGUGUCAACCGUCCUCCCGUCAGUCUUUCUCGUGUUGUUCGCAGCGUCAAGGGUAACAACACCGUCGUCGUUGUCGGUACCGUCACUGAUGACAGCCGUCUCCUUGAAGUCCCCAAGCUCUCUGUUGCUGCCCUUCACUUCACCAAGACCGUCAAGGCCCGUAUCUUGAAGGCUGGUGGUGAAUGUUUGACCUUGGAUCAAUUGGCACUCCGUGCUCCUACUGGUGCCAACACCAUCCUCAUCCGUGGUGCUAAGAACGCUCGUGAAGCUGCCAAGCACUUUGGUUUCGGUCCUCACAAGAACAAGAAGCCCUAUGUCCGUUCUGAAGGUCGCAAGUUCGAACGUGCUCGUGGUAAGCGUUCUUCUCGUGGUUUCAAGGUUUAG